UUGGGACUUCGCCGAGAAUUCUCUCCUAUUCAUCCUACUACGAGCUUAAACUUGAGCCAACUCUGGCCAUGGAGAUCGACCGUAUCAAAAUGCCCGUUUAACCUCCGUUGCGAGAUAAGAUGCCUGUAUCAGGGUCCUCUCCUGGCCGUCUACUAGUCAUUGGGAUCCUCUCUCUGCUCGUGGGCCACAUCAGCUCUGAGACAUGGAGCAAUGAAGUUUCAGACGUCCAGUAUGGCCGACUGGGAUCCAGUGUCACUCUGGCAUGCAGAGGUAGCAGGUCCCCAGUGGAGUGGCGUGUGAAUGGGAGCUCAGUGCUGCCCCCGCAGGCCGUGCUGCUGGACUCGUCCCUCACGCUCCCCAGCGCCCUCAUCUCCAUGGAGGGCAACUACAGCUGCCACGACCCCAGCGGCACCCUCAUCCAGGCCACGCGACUCCGCCUAGGCAACCCACCUGGCCCUGUGAACAUCAGCUGUCGGCUCCCGAGUCACUUCGUGGUGUGGUGCUCCUGGACCACGACGGUGGACUCCACACUGGCCACCCAGUACUUCUCCACGUACAGCUCACGGGAUAAUGGCGUCGUGACGGUGCAGGAGUGUGUCCAGGAGGAGCCGGGCAGACCCAGCUGCGUCAUCGAGCACCCUCCCAUGUGGAGCCCCAGGCACCUGCUCAACAUCACCGAGGUCAACCCCCUGGGCUCCCAGCAGACCAUCGUCAAAGUAGAAUUUUUCCAGCUCAUAAAGCCGGAUCCUCCCGAGGCCGUGAGGUCCAUGGAGGUGGAGGGUCACCCCACCAAGCUGCUCGUCCAUUGGAGGACCCCCGAGUCCUGGACGCCCGAGGACAUCUCGGACGUCGCCUUCCCUCUGGCCUUCCAGCUACGCUACCGGCCUGUCGGCUCCAAGUUCUGGUCAAUGCUGUUCACAGAGGACAACACCAGCCUGAUGAUCAUGGACGCCCUGGCUGGACACCCCCACCACAUCCAGGUGCAGGCCAAGGACGGCAUCAGUCCUGAAAGCCAGUGGAGCGACUGGAGCCAACUGAUCCUAGCACGGCCUUGGAUAGACUCAGAGCCUCUGCUAGUCACAGAGGAGACUACAAUCAUCACGUAUGUCCCUCCAGAAAACCACACAUGGGCAGACACAUCCACAGUCAAGGGAGCAGACUCUCAGCUGCCGGACGGUGGAGGCCUAGGAGUCGUGAUGCUCCUCAGCCUGUUUGCCGGGAUCGUCGGGAUCGUGGCGUUCACCGUCAUCCUCCUGCUGUGGAUGAGACACCAGAAGCGAGGUGGUUUGAGCAAGCAGCAGCUGACCUCCAUGGUGAAGGUGAAGUCCUUGCUAAUCUGAGAGACCAAGGUUGGCGGAGUGCUAGUUCCUUGUUAGCCCUCGUAGGGCUUUAUCAAAGGGAAUCCUCUCCACGGCUACUGAAGUGCUAAUAAGGCUCCAGUAUCCCACAAUUCAUCUGUCUCCGGUUGGUGCUCUCAAGGGUUGGUUCCGCGAUGCAGACGCUGGGAACUGUGAAUACAGACAAGUCCAUGUAGCAUACAGUGUACACACACACACACACACACACACACACACACACACAUGCACACACACUCAUGUAGCAUACCGUACACACACACACACACACACACACACAGACACACACACACACAGACACACAUGCACACACACUCAAACAAACAGAGAAACCGUAAAGACAAAGGAUCACUUUUUCACUUGGACAAUCACAAACCCAGCCCAGUUCAAAACUCAAAAACUCAUGAGCACACAUUUCCAGCACUGCCUUUUCCUUAGAGGACCUCUGUUUUACUCAACACAACCUCACACUCUCUCUCUCUCUCUCUCUCUCUCUCUCUCUCUCUCUCUCUCUCUCUCUCUCUCUCUCUCUCUCUCUCUCUCUCUCUCUCUCUCUCUCGCUCUCUCUCUCGCUCUCUCUCUCGCUCUUUCUCAUGUCUUUCUCACUCUCUCUUGGAAUGCUGUGAACAAAGCUCGCCUGUCUGUCACGUGCAUGGGCAGUGAAUUUGGGCAUUAUGGAUAGGUUGGCAUUCUCCGCAUUUCCAGACAAUGUGUUUCACCUGACGGCUACUACUGCUGCUAUGUGAGGAGGAGGAGGAGGAGGAGGAAGAAGAGGAGGAGAAGGAAGAGAUGCAUAUGUUUUUUACAUUUUAACCGUGCCUUCAGAAAACAAGGACUUGCAAACUUUGCAAUACCACCGAUACUCAGUGACAAACUCUACUGGGAUGUGUGGUCAACGAUUUUUUUUAAACAAAAUUGUUUUAGUUCCUGGUGUUGGGGGGUGAAACCAACAACUACAUUCAGACUCUGUAUGAAACAGUAAUAAGCCUUUUGACUUUGGACAUACACAAAACAAACCAUCCUUUGUUUUUUUAUUUGUUUGUUUGUUUUUUUUAAUCAUCUUUCAAUGUCAUCCACCCAUCCACCCACCCAUCCAUCCAUCCAUCCAUCCAUCCAUCCAUCCAUCCAUCCAUCCAUCUCCCCAUCCAGAAGCGCUCUGCUCCUGCUCCAUCAGUGCCUGUGACGACGGCUCUCCAUCGUGCCCAGUGAGCUCAGCGCUGACGGCGUGCUGCCCAGCGGGCACAGCUGGGUCCGAGUCGCUGUCUGCUCCUCAGCAGUGAGGGCCGAGUGGGCGGGCAGCAGAGACGAGAGGAAAAGGGGCCCUGAUUGGUCCGCUGCAGGCGUUGCCGUUGGCAACGUCGCGGCGACAGUAACCUCAGCUUCACUGCCCUCAGUCAGUCGUGCCUUGUCUGGAUUCCCGACACCCAAAGCUCCCUCCUCCCGUUACUCAUUCAGGUGAAUGUAUUUGUGUUGACAUUUAUGCAACGUGUGUGCGUGUGAUUUUAUAAGAAUCCUGUGCUAUCGUCUGGGAUUGAGCUUGUUAAAUGCUUCUCUCUUCACUCUUUCAAGCUAAUGGCAGUUAGUUUUACUGAAGCCUGUAUCUUGCAAAACAAAAUGUAUAUUAACCAUUCAAAUAAGAUGUUUGUCUAUACGGUAUAUCCCUCUUGUAUAAAGGUCUUUAUGAAAUAUAUAUAAAUAUAAAUAUAUUUGUACGUCAUCCCCAGUGACAUAAAGCUCAUCGUAUAUGUACAGUAUAUUCCCAUUACUUUGUUUUGGUCCUGGCUAUUAUCUUUAAGACCUGUACUUCAAGAAAUCAAUAAUGUUGUUGGGGAUUUGGUCUCUCUUUGUGCUGUGUAUGUACUCUUUGCAGACCGGUCACUAUGGACACCAGACUAGACUCUUGGCAGACACGCUAGUCCUGGCCCUGUGCAGACUCUAGUUGUUUACGGGCCAGAGCUCGAGUUCACCCGGACCCAAGUCUGUGGUGGAUUAGAGUCUGUGCCCGGCCCGGUUCUGUAUGGUUACAUUGGGCACAACACAUCCACGCCCAGACUUCGAACAGUUAGCCAGGCUCGCUAACCAGCUGUCAUUCAUUCCACCCUGGAAAUGGUGGCAGUGGUCCUCUCUCAAGUUUCUGAUUGCAACAGUCCUCUUGCAUUUCAAGUGCAGUAAACCUCCAGAGUGCCAUCAGGAUAAAGGUUCACAUCUCAUCAAAAGGCUCAGCAAGUUUAACCCUUCAUUUAGAUUAGGUUAGAUUAGAUUAGAUUAAAUUCAACUUCAUUAUCAUUGUACAAGUACAAAGACAACGAAAUGCAGCUUCAGCUGGUACCGUCACAUCCGUGUGAUGAGAAUGUUGGAAAAUGAAUGUUCUAAAGAAUAUCUGGGUUUGUGGAAUUCAACAUGGGAUUUUAGAACCUUACAUUGUCGUGAAACCGAGUCUUUUGUUCAGAACUCCCUUGAUGCAUUUUGUGUCACAGUCUUGUUGAUUGUCCGUCACGUUUGUAACAUCUCAGCUCUUUGGUGACCAACCGAAAGACUGAAGAUCGAAGGCCGCCCCAUGCAUGUCGAUGACUGAUCUGCAAUCUGAGUUUUGUGGAGCUGCGUUGCGUUUGGGGUUUUAUGUCUUUGUUUCUGCAACCUUGACGGGUGCAGCUGGCCAGAUAGAAAGGAUGUUUACUCUACCCUGUGUCCUCCACGAGCGGCUGACCUUUCGCUCUCUUGAGUGUUUUUUUACUGACUGACGUACUCUUGUUAACUAGUGGGGAAAAAAAGACAGCAGUCAGUGUUUGUGACAGUUGGUCUCCAGGACUGAUUAUUGUCAGAGAAACUCCAAAAAAUGAAGAGCUUAGUGCAGCAGAGCCGUGUGGCUGGGAGAGGGGGGGGAUGUUGGCAGCUCAGUAUUCACUGAAGUCGAGUUGUUUUGUUGUUGCGUUUGCCACCGAGUGUGCCCUUUUCAUGUUGCUCUGUGCUGUUGGACAGAGCAUGAGGUAGAAGAUUCAGAUGUCUAGUUCCUUUUUGUACAUGUAUGGACUGAAAGACACUAAAAGUGUAAGUUAAUGCAUAAAGAUGGCUGGGGCUUGUGUUUUUGCACACUAUGGUGUUAUGGUUUUACGCCAUAUGUGUUUUGUUUUUUUGUUUGUUUUUGUGUGUGUGUGUUCCCCUGCGUGGCGGGUGAAACAGUUGGCCGAGCUAAGUGGACCGUCUGAGUGUUUGGGAGCUCCAUGAUGUAGACCUGUGGGAGAGAGAGAGAUGUGUCACGUGGUUAGUGUGUGAGCCAGUGCUGGUGUGUCAUAUUGUACCAGCAGAAGUGUUGAGUUGUGGAAGAAUAGGCUGUGUGUGUUUGUUUAUGCUUGUGUGUGUUUGUGUUUGUGUGUGUGUGUGUGUGUGUGUGUGUGUGUGUGUGUGUGUGUGUGUGUGUGUGUGUGUGUGUGUGUGUGUGUGUGCUCAUUUGCGUGUGUGUGUGUGUGUGUGUCAUUCCACCUAGCAGAGGGCACUCCCACAGGGCGAAACAAUCCGUAGCCACCACUCUUCUCCCCACACUUUUAUAGUUUCUUAUAAAGUGUUGGCCUAACCCGUCAUUUGGAUGUUUUCUGUUGUCAUUUAAUCCCAGUCGAGCUGCAGUGCUCCAAGCGCAUGCAUUGUUUUGGUCCACUUUCCAUUGUCUGACUUAUGAAAGCAACAUCUGAGCGCUCAUGAAAUGAGCGAGUGGGAGAGCCGCGAUGUGCUCCCUAAACAACAAUGUUGUUCCCAAAAAAAUCUAUAUAAAAAAAUGUGGCCCCUUCCAGUCUGGGUUACUGGAGACUGAGACUCCAUGGAAACAGGUUUGAACAAGUUGGUGUCUAAAUUAGUUACACCAAGCGGUGUUUGGCCCUGUGCAUCCAGGUGUGUCGUUUUAGUCCCUAUGGUGUGCCAAAAAGACUUCGCUAACACUGACAACAGUGUUAAUGUUUUUUUUUUUUUUUUUUUUUUGGGGGGGGGGGAUUUCCCUUCUAUAUUUCGUUGAUGUUGGUUGUUUUUUUUUUAUUCCCCUAACUGAUCCCAACCUUUUCCUGAAACUCCUCAUGAGUCCAACGUCCAGAUUGUGAGCUGUUGGAAUGAGAAGAAUUGGCUUUGCACUCUGCUGCAGAACUCUGUUCUGCCGGUCUGUUCAUGGCACCAAAGUUGUUUGUCUCCAGUUGCUUCACCUUUGAUAUGUGAUGGUGAGGUUCGACCGUGGACUGCUGCCGUUGUUUAGCAGUAGAAAAGCAAGUCCACAACUAAAGUACUGUACAUAGAAUCUUUUUUUUUUUUUUUUCUGUUCAACACAAUAAGCUGAUUUGUUACUUUGACUGUAUUUUUUUGUGAAAUAAAGAUAUUUUAUCACA